AAGAAGCUCUUUUGCUUUAGUGCCGGGUGGUGAUUUCCGCCUUGACGAAGAAAGUUGUGCAGAGGAGGGCUACUGGUUUUAGGAUUCGUAAAAAUGGACAGCCAGGGAAGAAAAGUAGUCGUUUGCGACAAUGGAACCGGGUUUGUCAAGUGCGGCUAUGCAGGCUCCAACUUCCCAGAGCACAUAUUCCCUGCGUUGGUUGGCAGGCCAAUCAUUCGCUCCACAGCCAAAGUGGGAAACAUUGAAAUCAAGGACCUGAUGGUAGGGGACGAGGCCAGCGAGCUGCGCUCCAUGCUGGAGGUGAACUAUCCCAUGGAGAACGGCAUCGUCAGGAACUGGGACGACAUGAAACACCUGUGGGACUACACCUUUGGCCCCGAGAAGCUCAACAUCGACUCGCGCAACUGCAAGAUCCUGCUCACCGAGCCGCCGAUGAACCCCACUAAGAACAGGGAGAAGAUCAUCGAGGUGAUGUUUGAGACGUACCAGUUCUCAGGAGUUUACAUUGCCAUCCAGGCUGUGCUCACGCUCUACGCUCAAGGUCUGUUGACUGGUGUGGUGGUGGACUCCGGCGAUGGCGUCACCCACAUCUGCCCCGUGUAUGAAGGGUUCUCGCUGCCCCACUUGACCAGACGCCUGGACAUCGCAGGAAGGGACAUCACACGCUACCUCAUCAAGUUGCUGUUGUUGAGGGGCUACGCCUUCAACCAUUCGGCUGACUUUGAGACGGUGAGGAUGAUGAAGGAGAAGCUGUGCUACGUGGGCUACAACAUCGAGCAGGAGCAGAAGCUGGCCCUGGAGACCACCGUGCUGGUGGAGUCCUACACGCUCCCCGAUGGCAGGCUGAUAAAGGUCGGAGGUGAGCGGUUUGAGGCCCCCGAGGCCCUGUUCCAGCCCCACCUCAUCAACGUGGAGGGCGUCGGAGUGGCCGAGCUGCUCUUCAACACCAUCCAGGCGGCCGAUAUCGACACCAGGUCUGAGUUCUACAAACACAUCGUUCUGUCCGGCGGCUCCACCAUGUACCCCGGCCUGCCCUCUCGACUGGAGCGCGAGCUCAAACAGCUGUACCUGGAGCGCGUGCUGAAGGGAGACGUCGAUAAGCUCUCGAAAUUCAAGAUCCGGAUUGAGGACCCCCCUCGGCGCAAGCACAUGGUGUUCCUGGGCGGGGCUGUGCUGGCAGACAUCAUGAAAGACAAGGACAACUUCUGGCUGACGCGAGAAGAGUACCAGGAGAAGGGGAUGCGCGUGCUGGAGAAGUUGGGAGUCACCGUCAGAUAAAGUGUCCCCUCCAGAGGUGGCUCAGCCCCACCUCUCCUACCUCCACCUGACAUCCACUGGUCACUCCAUUCCUCUCCACAGCCACUCACAACCUUUUUCCUAGUUUCACUCAGCCUUUUUUUUUUAUGGCCGCCGUUCAGUGAGGGAGGUGUUUGUGUGUGGAGGGGGGGUGGGCGGGGG